UCUCCAACUUACUCUCACUUAGUUUUACCCAUCGAAACCAUCACUCAUAUUCUCCUCAGUAUCUCAGUGUUCAUGCUUGAUUGCUAUCACAUUUCCGGACGAUUGCCUCAGUGCGAGCACAAUUUUCCGAUUUUUAUCACUAUUUUGCAUUCCCAUCUUUCCAAGGUGGAUGUGGAUUGGAUGUCACUUGCCACAGGGCACGUCUAUUCCACACAAGAUGCUCCUGUUCCUAGCAAACUGAAACCGGACGACGUGUUCUUGUUGGAACGUGAUCAUCUACUCGGAGAUGCGGUUCGUCAUAGGACAAAAGACUGCGUCGGAACGGUGGUGAAUAUGCACAUUCAGGCAACUGCUGAGUUGCUCAGCUACAGCUGCGUGUUGUUCAAUCUGGAAUGCAGCCGUUUGCGGAGUGUUGUGCCGUGGACUUCUAGGGUAAAUGAAAAUCACGUGAUUUGGCGCGGAUGGCUCGGGCGCGUCGUCGGCUGUCGUAUGCUGGCUAUUGUUCGCUUUGUGGAUGGAGCUCGUCUUUUGGUUCACGAGGAAUCUCUUCACUCUUUCGAGCCGGUUUCUCCCACCUCUGAUGCUUUCCCCGACCCUUGCUUCGAAGGGGCUUGGAUUCGUGGCGAUGCGUCUGAAUUCAAAAUAAACCCAGAUUCAAAGAAUCUCUCCGCGUUAGGUCAUUUACUUGGGAAUUCCAGCGCUCGCUCUUGGUCGUCAGGUCAUCUGUUUCGUCGUAAACACGCAAGUGCAACCACUCAUUCCUCUGCCAGCUCUGAGCACACGAAGUCUUCCGGUGCCAGCUCCGUAGAGGUACCCCCGUCACACCCCGAGAUCGCCCCCGAAUGUUCUGCGGAACUACCGCCCGGGCAUCCACUUCACUUGAUUCGGGAGCUGGAGCGAUCUCCAGCAACGAAAAGUUGGAGUCACGGCAAGGAUCAGAUAAAUAAAAUCUUGGAACACACUCCACUAUUUUUAAACGAGACAAAGUCACGCAAUUCAAAGUGGCUCUGUCGGUUGCGUCCAUGCUCCACCGUAUCCGUGUUUGUCGAGCGAUUCCUCCCAGUGGAGGCUACGGUCCAUUGGUUUGUUAACCGGUAA